GCUGGAGAGAAGCGGCGCUUUGAAGGGGAAAGCGCCGCUUCUCUCCGGCCGCUGGCUGCACGGCUGCCCCUGCUCCUCCGGAGUCCUCCGGCCCAUGCUCGCAGGGCCGCAUUCCGAAAGGGGCUUUAGAGCUGCAGGCCAGGGCCCCGGGGCCGCCCAGAGCUCUGCACCCCCUAAAGCACCUACGUUCUGGGUGGCCCGGGGGGCAGCUCCCAGAAUCGUGGCCAUGGGGAUGGUGCCGCGCUGCGCAGAGCCUCCUGCACACCCCCUGCACCAAACAGGAACUGCCCCAGCGGCGCUUUUAUGCCACAUAAUGGCUUGCUCCACACAGUCAGAUGCACUCGUAUUUUUUGUGAAUGGCAGGAAGAUAAUAGAGAGGAAUGCAAGCCCUGAAAAAUUGCUGUUGUCUUACCUGAGAAAGGGACUUCAUCUCUCAGGAACGAAAUAUGGUUGUGGAAUAGGUGGCUGUGGAGCCUGCACUGUGAUGAUAUCCACAUAUGAACCAACUUCCAAGAAGAUAAUGCAUUAUCCUGCCAACUCCUGUCUUUUACCCAUAUGCUUGCUGCACGGCUCUGCUGUCACCACUGUGGAAGGUGUUGGAAGCACAAAAACGAGGGUUCAUCCAAUUCAGGAAAGGCUGGCCAAGUGCCAUGGCUCUCAGUGUGGCUUCUGCACCCCUGGAAUGGUGAUGUCCAUGUAUGCUUUGCUGAGAAACCACCCUGACCCCUCCAUGGAGCAGAUAACUGCAGCUCUGGAUGGUAAUUUGUGCCGUUGCACUGGAUACAGACCAAUAAUAGACACCUACAAGUCUUUCGCUGGGGAAGCAGCAUGUUGUCAACUGAGAGGAACAGGGCAAUGUUGCCUGGACAAAGAAGAAGAUGUGUGCUCAUCUUCUGACAAGGGAAAUCAGAUGCAUUCUGGUCUCUGCAAUCCUGAAGAAUUCCAGCCUGUAGACCCAACCCAGGAGUUUAUCUUUCCUCCUGAACUAAUGAGAAUGGCUCAGGAACAGCAAAAAAGAACUCUAGUUUUCCAUGGGGAAAGAACAACAUGGAUUUCUCCCAGUAACCUCAGGGAACUUCUGGAGCUGAAGGCCAUGUACCCUAAAGCACCUCUCGUUGUAGGGAACACCAAUGUGGGACUUGAGAUGAAACUUGAUGGUGUUCAUCAUCCAGUUAUCAUCCAUCCCACUAGGAUUCCAGAUCUGCAUGUUGUGAGUAAUACAAACAAUGGACUAGUGAUAGGUGCUGCCUGCUCUCUGGCCCAACUCAGAGACAUCCUGAUGAAAGUAGUCCCGGAGCUUCCAGAGGAGAAGACAAAGAUUUUCCGUGCUCUCUUGCAGCAGCUGAAAACCCUAGCUGGAGAACAAAUCAGGAGUUUGGCUUCCUUAGGUGGACAUAUUGUAAGUAGAGGUUCAACUUGGGAUCUGAACCCUGUCCUAGCAGUUGGCAACUCUGUCCUCAGUCUGGUAUCAAAAGACGGAACACGACAGAUUCCUUUAAAUGAUCAGUUUCUUGCUGGAUAUGGAAAUGCAGAUCUUAAGCCAAAAGAAAUCAUAGUCUCGGUUCUCAUCCCGUACUCUAAGAAGGAUGACUUUGUGUCGGCAUUCCGACAGGCCGAGCGCCGGAAAAACGCUGCAUCAGUUGUGAAUGCUGGAAUGAGAGUCCUUUUCAAACCAAACACUGACAUCAUUAUGGACCUGAAUAUUUUAUACGGAGGCAUUGGCCCUACCACAGUCAGUGCAAGGAAAUCCUGCCAGAGGCUCAUAGGGAGGCAAUGGAAUGAGCAGAUGCUGGAUGAAGCUUGCAAACUGGUGCUUGGAGAAAUUUCUCUCUCCCCCUCAGCUCCAGGAGGGAAGGUGGAAUACAGAAGAACUCUGCUUGUCAGCUUCCUUUUCAAGUUCUACCUGGAAGUGUUGUAUGGAUUAAAUAAAAUGUACCCAGCUAAGUAUCCUGACUUAUCAAAGAAGAACUUGAGUGCCCUAGGAGCAUUUCACAGUGAAGCACCCCAGGGUAUGCAAACAUACCAGGAUGUAGAUCCAGCGCAGCCUCCCCAAGAUCCAGUAGGACGUCCCAUCAUGCACCAAUCCGGGGUUAAGCACGCCACUGGGGAAGCUGUUUAUUGCAAUGACAUUCGUGCUGUGGCUGAAGAGCUUUUCCUGGCUGUGGUAACCAGUCCCAGAGCCCACGCAAGAAUUGUAACAAUUGAUGUAUCAGAAGCCCUCAACGUGCCAGGGGUGGUUGAUGUGGUAACAGCUGAAGAUGUUCCAGGGAAAAAUGGCACUGACGAUGAGCAAGCAUAUGCAAAAGAUGAGGUGAUCUGUGUGGGUCAGAUUGUCUGUGCUGUGGUUGCAGAGUCAGCUGUUCAGGCAAAACAAGGGGUUGAAAAAGUGAAGAUAGAGUAUGAAGAUCUGGAGCCAAUACUGACCAUUGAGGAUGCAAUAAAGCACAAUUCAUACUUUGGAAAAGAGAAGAAAAUAGAACAAGGAAAUAUUGAAGAAGGAUUUAAGUCUGCUGAUGAAAUCAUUGAAGGUGAAAUCCACAUUGGAGGACAAGAACACUUUUACCUGGAAACUAACAGUGUAUUUGUUGUUCCAAGAGGAGAGGAUAACGAAAUGGAUGUGCAUGUGUCCACUCAAGAUGCAGCGAAUGUACAGGAAUUCGUGGCUUUGGCUUUAGAUGUCCAGUCCAGUAAGAUCAUGUGCCACACAAAACGCGUUGGUGGAGCUUUUGGAGGGAAGGUUACAAAGCCUACAAUUUUUGCUGUAGUUGCAGCAGUGGCAGCAAACAAGACUGGGCGUCCAAUCCGCUUUGCCCUGGAGCGAGAUGAGGAUAUGCUAAUCACUGGAGGCCGACACCCUUUCUUUGGAAAAUAUAAAGUAGGAUUUACAAAUGAUGGUAGAAUCACAGCUGCAGAUAUUGAGUCCUACAUUAAUGCUGGAUGUACUCUAGAUGAGUCUGAACUGGUAAUUGAGUAUGCUGUGCUAAAAACGGAUAAUGCUUACAAGAUCCCUAACCUCCGAGUCCGGGGACGUGCCUGCAAGACUAAUUUGCCAUCAAACACAGCGUUCCGAGGAUUUGGCUUUCCACAAGCGGGUUUGUUUACAGAAUCCUGGAUAGUGACAGUGGCAGCCCAAACUGGCUUGCCGCCUGAGACGAUCAGGGAGAUAAACAUGUACAAAGGAGUUAAUCUAACUCCCUUCAAAGAAGAGCUCGAUGCAACAAACCUUGUGAAAUGUUGGAAAGAAUGUAUGGAGAAAUCUGAAUACUACAGCAGGAAAACAGCUGUGGAAGAAUUUAACAAGCAAAAUUACUGGAAGAAAAAAGGGAUUGCCAUUAUUCCUAUGAAGUUUUCCGUUGGAUUGAAUGCUACACAGUACCAUCAGGCUGCAGCUCUGGUCCAUAUCUAUACAGAUGGGUCUGUGCUGGUGACUCAUGGUGGAAUUGAAAUGGGACAAGGAAUUCACACCAAGAUGUUGCAGGUUGCCAGCCGUGAACUGAAGGUACCAUUGUCAUAUGUACACUUUUGUGAAACAAGCACGAUAACUGUGCCUAAUGCGAUAGUCACAGCCGGAUCGAUUGGCUCAGACGUCAAUGGGAAAGCAGUCCAGAAUGCUUGUCAGAUUCUUCGGAAACGCCUGGAGCCCAUCAUUAAUAAAAACCCCGAAGGGAAAUGGGAGGACUGGAUUACUGAAGCUUAUAAUCAAAGUGUGAGUCUUUCAGCUACUGGCUACUUCAGAGGCUAUAUGGUAAAUAUGAACUGGGACACCGGGGAAGGCCAGGCUUUCCCAUAUUUUGUUUUCGGAGUUGCUUGUUCUGAAGUGGAGAUUGACUGUCUGACAGGAGAUCACAAGAACAUCAGAACAGACAUUGUCAUGGAUGCUUGUUUCAGCAUAAAUCCAGCUGUAGAUAUAGGACAGAUUGAAGGUGCCUUUGUUCAGGGGGUUGGACUUUAUACAAUGGAAGAAAUAAAGUUCUCCCCAGAAGGAGAGCAGUACACUCUGGGUCCAGAUACGUAUAAAAUCCCUGCUGUCUGUGACAUACCUGAACAGUUCAGGGUUUACUUGCUGCCAAACUCCCGAAACCCAAUUGCCAUCUACUCCUCCAAGGGGAUUGGCGAGGCAGGGCUGUUCCUGGGAUGUUCUGUGUUCUUUGCUAUCUGGGAUGCAGUAGCUGCUGUGAGGAAGGAAAGAGGAUUAACCGGGACCUUCACCCUGAACAGCCCCCUGACGGUUGAGCAGAUUCGAAUGGCCUGUGCUGAUAACUUUACUGACAUGAUUCCCAAAGAUAAGCCUGGAACCUAUAAACCUUGGGCCAUCGACAUAGCCUAAUACUGUGUUUUCCAAAGUAUGAAAUAAUUAUGUGACUGUUGCCAUCGCUGUUGGUUUAAAGCAUUCCAAAUGUAAUAAUAAAAUAUUUGAUUUAAAACCCA